GGCUCAUAAAUACGAAUAGAAGUCGCGCUCCUGAUCGGUCCGUGUGUCGUGUUUCCUGCCAGUUCGGUUGUUACGUGUUUGUCCUUGUCGGUCGUGAAGAACGGAAGUCACGUUGCCAUAACGCUAACGCUAUCGGUUUAUAAUCCACCGGAAAAAUGCAGACGAUGUAGUGAUGGUUUCUGUAGUGUUGCGUUCAUCUUCUUUGCAAAAGCCAGACGACAAGUGGUUUGAUGUACUGUAGGACGACACACUUUGAUAAACACGAUUCUAGAACUGAAGUCCUCGUCCAGCUUGAUCUGCUCUAAGUCUGAAGUGAAAAACAGGACCAUUCCACGGGAGGUUUUUGAAUCUUCGCUUUCUGAUGUCCUCACCUGAUUUGUUCUUAGGCUUCCCUAAUUCAUCACAGCAUUUCUCAACCUAAGUCUUAAAUCCACCAAAAAAAUCAUGUUUUCCUCCACCGAUGACCCGAACAGUGGGGCCACCAUCGAGCCAAAUUCGCAAUCGAUUCGCCAAGGCGGGCCGGAUGAGACGACGUAUCUGUACCCUCGAGGGAAAAACAACCAAGGAACACUAAAUUCCCGACUCGCUUCGUCCGGAAAGACGAACAGAAGUUCCUACGACACGGCCUCAUCUGCGAAAAUCUAUCAAAUGCAAAUAUGUCCGGGUCUGGGAGAUUCCGAGAUUUGUCAUGCUAGUCUGGCAUGUGACUCUGAGCUCUGUAUUGCGUGGCCGCGAAGAGCCUUACUCCCCGUCAUGCAAAAACGGAGUUUCUCAUGCGAGGUACGCAACUCAGAACCAUGAAAAACAAAAUUGUCAUGCUUGGCAGCGCAUUACAGUGAGCUCACUAUUCCCUUCCGUGCAUCACAAGGUUCCAGACAUCCAGGGAUAUUUGCAAUGCAUAAGAUGCAGAAGAUGACCAACGCGUCCACCUUCUCCUGGCGCCCAAACGCUGGGGAAGUCGUCUAUGACAGUGCGCAACUCCCCCUCCCCCUCAUUUGUAUAGCAUGAACGGCAAUACAAGCAUCAGCAAGAGUGCCGGUUUUGCAUGACAAAUUUACGCUGGGGCGUAGUGCUAUUUGGGCUACUAGAAGUUGUCAUGCAAACAGUGCCAUGAAGAUGCAGUGACUGGAUUCGGGGUUCUGCAUGACAAAAAAUGAGGGGGAUGGGGAGUUGUGCACUUUCAUAUUGUCAUCCAGGAAGUGAUGAACGAGAAGGUCCGGGCGAGAUUCGCGAAAAAAGUGUUGGGGCUGACGUGCGUAUGAAUUGCAGCAAGAGUAUCGUACUUCUAGGAGUAAUUGCAAUACAAAUUCCCUCAGCAUUAGAAAUCGAAUUUGUAAUGCGGAAUUACCAUAGGAAAGGAAUUUGUAAUGCACAAAUGCAAUUACUACGUCGAGUGCGAUACUUUUGCAGAGGAUAGUGCGCGAUGCUGUUUGUCGUGGCGAUUAUCAUCGUGCUUUUCAAAAUGAGUGUAUCCCCCAGAUAUUUCCCGUACACGUACAAAUGGGGUCUCUGCAUGACAAAACUUUGCUUCGAUUCUAGUUUAGCAUGACAAGUUUUCGGCUCCAAAUUGGCGAAAUUUGUGAUGCAUCUUGUACAUCAUGUACGGGAAAUUUGUAUUGCAUAGAGUGCGUACUACGCCAUCAUGCGCGUUCCCAUCACCACCGACGUCGCACAUUUUCCGCUCACCCUCGCGGAUGAAGAUUUUCUGAAGACCACUUCGAAGAUGUACAUCAUGACCAUAAAAAUCGGGCGAGUGGACCACAACUUCGCCGACGCGGUGCGUGCCGUGCACGACCGGUCGUUUUACGUCUCGCUCGGCUUUUCCCUCAGCGCCAUCGUCGUGGGUCUCACGCUGUACUGCACCAUGAUCUGUUGCUGCCGGAACGUGAUGCGCAAAGCUCCGCACAACGUCAUCCUGUGCUUCGGCUUCGCGGUUCUCUGGGGUUUCGCUUUGCAGGUAUACCUGUUUGAUACGAUGUUAAAGUUAACUAUUUGUGGCCAUGCGCCUAGAAGUACCAACUCCUACAAGCAGAAGCACAGGCUUCCUUGUUGUAAUGCGAGGCACUCCACGUCCACUGCAAAUGAUAACAUGAGAUCAUCAAAACACGACAAAACAGCUGCUGUGCUUUUCUUCCGAGUGGACCGAUAUCAUGAUGGCCUCGUAUGCUUUGCAAAAUAAGUGUCGCACUACGUAUAAAUUGCAUUACAAAUAAGUAACUAGCUUAGGAUGAAAGAUGAAAUUUGUAGUGCUGUUUAUUUAGCUUCGGAAUGCGAUAGGUGCAAUUAGUUUUACGAGUGCGAUACUUUUGCCAUUCAUACCACCAGCUUCACGGCGAUUUUAUGUUUCAGGAAAAGUAGAGUUUGAGUCGACUUUUCUGUCGAAAUUUGUCAUGCGGGGGAAACAGAAUCAAGGACUAAGAAGAUAGAGUACGAUUCAGAAUAAAGAUGAGCGACGAGGUCCUGCAUGGUGGAAGAUAUUUUUACUUUCGAGGAUCCUGCAUGAGAAAAAGCUUUCCCAUUUUCCGAAACACGCAAGACAAAUUUCUCCGCGCCAGCGUCUACUCGGACAGCUAUUCCACUUCUUUCCAUACCCCCUGGUUCUCGUGCUCUGGAGCGCCGCCCAAUGUUGCCGGCUGAACCUGUCCCGCGGCGGCGCCAUCUGGCUCUUGAUCUGUUCGCUGUUCGUGUUUUUCAUCGUGGUCACUAUCGCCAUCCCGUUGUGGAACUACGGGACGAUGCGGUUUAAUUACAAGCUGGUGUUGCUCAACUGCUUCUUCCUGGUUCUGCUAUCCACCUACCUGUAUGCAUUGCAAAUAUCGUUCAUCUGGGUCUGGAACGUUCGAACUUGUAAAUGCUGGUCUCACAUGAAUACGUCGAAGUCUGUAUUUUUGCAUAAAACCAACAAUAACAAAAGUCGCAGCCCCAUCUUUUUGAUCAUGCAGAAAGAAACGCAGUGGCAGUUUGUUCUCAUGCGGGCUGCGUGUCCGAAAGCGUUGUGAAUAAAUGUUGUCAUGCUUGGCUGCAUUCGGAAGUGUUUCCACCAUCCACAUUUUAGCAUCACAAGUUUAUUCCGUCCGCGAACCCAGACACAUUUGCAACGCAUAACCUGAUGGUGUUAUUCCAAAUGAUCAUUGGGGGCAAGCACACACGACACCAGUUUGCGGUGGAUGAUUACGCGUUUGCGGCGCUGCUCCUGUUUGUGGACAUUUAUGAAUUCUGCAAAAGUACUUAACGUAGUCGUACUAGUACCGAUCGCAUCACAAAUUUCUGCAGCAUGAACGAAAAAUGGAAUUUGUAAUGCGUAUGUACCUUAGAAGUGAGACUCUGUAAUGCAUGGCUCGAUGCUGCUUUUGCAGUGCAUAAGAUUGUGGACGUUCUCGUCUUGCUGUUGGAGUGCUGCGGAAUCGCGCGGCGUACCGCAGCGGCGUGACGAGGAGAUGAUGGGCUUGAUGAUGCACCAGGAAGAAUCAUUGAUUUACAUGACGAGGAUUCUAAGUAGUACUAGUGGAUGGUUGUAUUUCAUGACAUGACUUCUUGUCUAGCAUAGCAUAACUUAUUGCAUUCAGUUUUACCUAAUCUUGUAAGUAUACUGUUACAUGAUAACUGAGAUUCACCACUGUUACAGUGGAUACAAAAUCGAGAGUGCACUGCAGUUUGUUUCUGACACCGACAUGAUUUUUAAGAGUGAUUCACUUUUAUUUUGAGUGCAUUUUCAAGAUUUUCCAGUUCUACUUUGUGUGUGCUAAUAAAUUCUUCUGAAGGUUUUGUCACACACAUAUGACACUAGCACGUACUUCUCUACUGUCUGAAUUGUUAUUGUUCCAUAACUGGAAUAGGAACUACAGCAGACGUCAAAUAACGUUGAUGACAAGAACAAGUUUCCUUUCAACAUCCGUACUCGAAAAUAAAUAAACACUGCAAAAAUUAGUUCCCCAUCAGAGGUUGAAUUAUUUCUAUCGUGGUGCACUUCCACGACUCCCACUUGAUGCGACCAUCGGUUGUAGGUGCGAUGUAGCAUGAUGACCUGGUCAUCGACCAUCGACAUUGCUCUCGGUUCUUGUACUUCUACCGUGCCCUACUAAAAGGCUUGCUCGUG